CGCCGCCAGCGGUUUCCGCAGCCACUGCCACUACCGCCAGGGAGAACCUCGAGCCGGACGGGCGGGAGCUCGCCAGCGUCGUGCUGACGUCACGCGCGUGCUGACGUCGCCCGCGGCCGCGGCCUCUGAAGCGGGCUGGGGCUCGGGGGGCGCCGAGUUUGACUAGUUUGGGGGCCGCUGGGCGUUUGGCGCCGCUCCCGCCGCCCGCCGCGCCCCGCGAGCCGCGCCUCAGGCGGGCCAAGUGCGUCUCGUCGGCUCCCUCGGGGCCCCGCACUAGCGGCUGGGCGGCGCUCGGCGAAAGUUGGCUCCUCAAGGACUGGCGGACUGGCGGGCGGGCGGGCGGCCGGUCGCAGCUAUGGAGCCCCGCAGCAUGGAGUACUUCAGCGCCCAGGUGCAGCAGAAGGACGUCGGAGGCCGGCUGCAGGUCGGCCAGGAGCUCCUGCUCUACCUCGGUGCUCCCGGCGCCAUCCCGGACCUGGAGGAGGACCUGGGCCGCCUGGGCAAGACAGUCGACGCGCUCACCGGCUGGGUGGGCUCAAGCAACUACCGGGUAUCAUUAAUGGGAUUGGACAUUUUAAGUGCCUUUGUGGACAGAUUAUCAACACGAUUUAAAUCCUACGUAGCAAUGGUUAUUGUAGCUUUAAUAGAUAGAAUGGGAGAUGCCAAAGACAAGGUACGGGAUGAAGCGCAGACUCUGAUAUUGAAGUUAAUGGAUCAAGUAGCACCACCUAUGUACAUUUGGGAACAGUUGGCUUCUGGUUUUAAGCACAAGAACUUUCGAUCUCGAGAAGGUGUAUGUCUGUGUCUUAUUGAGACCUUAAACACUUUUGGGGCUCAGCCACUAGUCAUCAACAAGUUGGUACCACAUUUGUGUGUCCUAUUUGGAGAUUCCAACAGUCAGGUGAGAGAUGCUGCAAUCUUGGCUGUAGUGGAGAUUUAUAGACAUGUGGGAGAGAAAGUGAAGGUGGAUCUUUGUAAGAAAGGAAUUCCCCCUGCUAGAUUAGAAAUGAUACUUGCCAAAUUUGAUGAAGUGCAAAGUUCAGGCGGUAUGAUUUUGAGUGUCUGCAAAGAUAAAAGCUUCGAUGAUGAAGAAUCAGUGGAUGGAAAUAGGCCGUCAUCAGCUGCUUCAGCCUUCAAGGUUCCUGCACCUAAAACAUCCGGAAAUCCUGUCAACAGUGCAAGGAAGCCUGGUUCAGCAGGUGGCCCUAAGGUUGGAGGUGCUUCCAAGGAAGGAGGUGCUGGAGCAGUUGAUGAAGAUGACUUUAUAAAAGCUUUUACAGAUGUCCCUUCUAUUCAGAUCUAUUCUAGUCGAGAACUUGAAGAAACAUUAAAUAAAAUCAGGGAAAUUUUGUCAGAUGACAAACAUGACUGGGAUCAGCGUGCCAAUGCACUUAAGAAAAUUCGAUCACUGCUUGUUGCUGGAGCUGCCCAGUAUGAUUGCUUUUUCCAACAUUUACGCUUGUUAGAUGGAGCACUUAAACUUUCAGCCAAGGAUCUUAGAUCCCAGGUGGUUAGAGAAGCUUGCAUUACUGUAGCUCAUCUUUCAACAGUUUUGGGAAACAAGUUUGAUCAUGGCGCUGAAGCCAUUGUACCUACACUUUUUAAUCUUGUCCCCAAUAGUGCAAAAGUCAUGGCAACUUCUGGAUGUGCAGCAAUCAGAUUCAUCAUUCGGCAUACUCAUGUACCCAGACUUAUACCUUUAAUAACAAGCAACUGUACAUCAAAAUCAGUUCCCGUGAGGAGGCGUUCAUUUGAAUUUUUAGAUUUGUUGUUACAAGAGUGGCAGACUCAUUCAUUGGAAAGACAUGCAGCCGUCUUGGUUGAAACUAUUAAGAAGGGAAUUCAUGACGCUGAUGCUGAGGCCAGAGUGGAGGCAAGAAAGACAUAUAUGGGUCUUAGAAACCACUUUCCUGGUGAAGCUGAAACAUUAUAUAAUUCCCUUGAGCCAUCUUAUCAGAAGAGUCUUCAAACGUACUUAAAGAGUUCUGGCAGUGUAGCAUCUCUUCCACAAUCAGACAGGUCCUCAUCUAGCUCACAAGAAAGUCUCAAUCGCCCUUUUUCUUCCAAAUGGUCUACGGCAAAUCCAUCAACUGUGGCUGGAAGAGUAUCAGCAGGCAGCAGCAAAGCCAGUUCCCUUCCAGGAAGCCUGCAGCGUUCACGAAGUGACAUUGAUGUGAAUGCUGCUGCUGGUGCCAAGGCGCAUCAUGCUGCUGGACAGUCUGUGCGAAGUGGACGGUUAGGUGCAGGUGCCCUGAAUCCAGGUUCCUAUGCAUCACUAGAGGAUACUUCUGACAAGAUGGAUGGAACAGCAUCUGAAGAUGGCCGGGUGAGAGCAAAGCUUUCAGCACCACUUGCUGGCAUGGGAAAUGCCAAGACAGAUUCUAGAGGAAGAAGUCGAACAAAAAUGGUGUCUCAGUCACAGCCUGGCAGCCGGUCUGGGUCUCCAGGAAGAGUUCUGACCACAACAGCCCUCUCCACUGUGAGCUCUGGUGUUCAAAGAGUCCUGGUCAAUUCAGCCUCAGCACAGAAGAGAAGCAAGAUACCACGGAGUCAGGGCUGUAGCAGAGAGGCUAGUCCAUCUAGGCUUUCAGUAGCCCGAAGCAGUCGUAUUCCUCGACCAAGUGUGAGUCAAGGAUGCAGCCGGGAAGCUAGUCGGGAGAGCAGCAGGGACACAAGUCCUGUUCGCUCUUUUCAGCCCCUCGGUCCAGGGUAUGGGAUUAGCCAAUCAAGCCGACUGUCGUCUUCUGUCAGUGCCAUGCGAGUCCUGAACACAGGUUCUGACGUGGAGGAAGCAGUAGCAGAUGCCUUGAAAAAACCUGCUCGAAGAAGAUACGAAUCAUAUGGAAUGCAUUCGGAUGAUGAUGCUAACAGUGACGCAUCUAGUGCUUGUUCAGAACGCUCCUAUAGUUCUCGAAAUGGUAGUAUUCCUACAUAUAUGAGGCAAACAGAAGAUGUGGCAGAAGUCCUCAAUAGAUGUGCUAGUUCAAAUUGGUCAGAAAGGAAGGAAGGUCUUCUGGGUCUGCAGAACUUGUUAAAAAAUCAGAGAACACUAAGUCGAGUUGAACUGAAAAGAUUAUGUGAAAUUUUCACAAGAAUGUUUGCUGAUCCUCACGGCAAGAGAGUGUUCAGCAUGUUUUUGGAGACUCUAGUGGAUUUCAUACAAGUCCACAAAGAUGAUCUUCAAGAUUGGUUGUUUGUACUGCUGACACAGCUACUAAAAAAAAUGGGUGCUGAUUUGCUUGGAUCUGUUCAGGCAAAAGUUCAGAAAGCCCUUGAUGUUACAAGAGAAUCUUUUCCAAAUGAUCUUCAGUUCAAUAUUCUAAUGAGAUUUACAGUUGAUCAGACCCAAACACCAAGCUUGAAGGUGAAGGUUGCUAUCCUUAAAUACAUAGAAACUCUGGCCAAACAGAUGGAUCCAGGAGAUUUUAUAAAUUCCAGUGAAACGCGCCUAGCAGUGUCUCGGGUCAUUACUUGGACAACAGAACCUAAAAGUUCUGAUGUUCGGAAGGCAGCACAGUCGGUGCUGAUUUCUUUAUUCGAACUCAAUACCCCAGAGUUUACAAUGUUAUUAGGAGCUUUACCAAAAACUUUUCAGGAUGGUGCUACCAAGCUUCUUCAUAAUCACCUUCGAAACACUGGCAAUGGAACGCAGAGUUCCAUGGGGAGUCCUUUGACAAGACCAACACCACGAUCACCAGCCAACUGGUCCAGUCCUCUUACUUCUCCUACCAAUACAUCACAGAAUACUUUAUCUCCAAGUGCAUUUGAUUAUGACACAGAAAAUAUGAACUCUGAAGAUAUUUAUAGCUCUCUCAGAGGUGUCACUGAAGCAAUCCAAAAUUUCAGCUUCCGUAGUCAAGAAGAUAUGAAUGAGCCAUUGAAAAGGGAUUCUAAAAAAGAUGAUGGUGAUUCAAUGUGUGGCGGUCCCGGGAUAUCAGACCCAAGAGCAGGAGGUGAUGCUACUGACUCAAGCCAAACAGCUCUUGAUAAUAAAGCUUCAUUGCUCCAUUCAAUGCCUGCUCACUCCUCUCCACGCUCUCGAGACUAUAAUCCAUAUAACUAUUCAGAUAGCAUCAGUCCCUUCAACAAGUCUGCCCUCAAGGAAGCCAUGUUUGAUGAUGAUGCUGACCAGUUUCCUGAUGAUCUUUCCCUAGACCAUUCUGACCUAGUUGCAGAGUUGCUGAAGGAGCUGUCUAACCAUAAUGAACGUGUAGAAGAAAGAAAAAUCGCCCUCUAUGAACUCAUGAAGCUGACACAGGAAGAAUCUUUCAGUGUUUGGGAUGAACACUUCAAAACAAUAUUGCUUUUAUUGCUUGAAACCCUUGGGGAUAAAGAGCCUACAAUCAGGGCUUUGGCAUUAAAGGUUUUAAGAGAAAUCCUAAGGCAUCAACCAGCAAGAUUUAAAAACUAUGCAGAGCUGACUGUCAUGAAAACAUUGGAAGCUCAUAAAGAUCCUCAUAAGGAGGUGGUGAGAUCUGCUGAGGAAGCAGCAUCAGUAUUGGCCACUUCAAUUAGUCCAGAGCAGUGCAUCAAAGUGCUUUGUCCUAUCAUCCAAACUGCAGAUUACCCAAUUAAUCUGGCUGCAAUCAAAAUGCAAACAAAAGUAAUAGAGAGAGUGUCCAAGGAAACUCUUAACCUGCUUUUGCCAGAGAUUAUGCCAGGCCUAAUACAGGGUUAUGAUAAUUCAGAAAGCAGUGUUCGGAAAGCUUGUGUCUUCUGCCUGGUGGCUGUUCAUGCAGUAAUUGGUGAUGAACUAAAACCACAUCUCAGUCAACUCACUGGCAGUAAAAUGAAGCUACUGAAUCUUUACAUCAAACGUGCACAAACAGGUUCUGGAGGAGCUGAUCCCACUACUGAUGUUUCUGGACAAAGUUAGCGAAGCUCAUCAAAGUGAACCAGGUCUCUCAAAGAAAGGACAGACAGACCACCCUCAUCAAUGAUAGGAAAUUCUCAAAUACAUCUUUUGGAACUUAACCAUUGUUUCCUAGUUUUAGUUUUUUGUUUUGUUUCAUUUUGUAUUUUCUGUAACAGAGAGUUACCCUCAGUCUGCAUGUAACUUUUAUGGUAGUUAUUCCAAAUUCAAGAAGAAGCAGUAUUAACAUCAAUUGAUCAAUACAAAGUAAUUUUUAAUCUAAUUCAUCAUUUCACAUGUUUGUACUUCUUUGUCUUCCCAUUAACCUUUGCCAGUGUUAUGAUUGUAUAAAUUUUUUAAAAUGCUGGUUAAACAGGAAUGCUUAAAGCUUUAAAAGUUUAACAGUCUAAAACUUUUUUUUGCCUUUAUUCAACUGCAGAAUAAUAUUUUUAUUGCUAUUUUGAGUUUUGUUCCGUAUCAUGUCCUAUGCUAGAAAUACUGAAAUGAUGUGAAACAAAGCAGGACUAAUUUGAACUUCAGCUGGACUCUGUUGGUAUGGUGGUGAUACAUGUCAUAGUUGCAACUUCUUUGGGGCGAUCUUAAGACCUCAAAGACGUAUGUUACAGAAUCGGCCAGUUCUGUAAACCUGAUAUUGUUUGUUGGUUGUUGAUCUUGCCAUCUUUAUUUAAAACCGUGUCCCUUCUAUGAUCCCUUGAGAAAGCUGCACCAAAUCAUCUGCCUGUUUUUUUCUUGAUACUUAUUGAAAUAGAAGGUUUUAUUGCAGGGUUUUUUGGUUUGUUUAUCUUUGUUGUGAUGAUGCUUUUUUUGUAUUUAUUAAUAUCAAAUUCACUUAUGAAUAAACUUGAUAAUGGAAACAGACAAAAAAAAA